AUGGCCGAGAACGAACCACUCCAGAAUAUGGGUGAUGAUCCAAAGGACUACUCACCAUCUCCCCCGAAAGAGGCUUCACCAGAAGAUCCGUCAGAGCCGGAGUCACAACAACCAGAGGAGACUGAAAGGCCGCUUGCAUAUUCUCCCUGGACGGCGCGCUGGGACGCCCAGAAAGGACCACGCUUCACGUGGAAGAACACCAUCCAUACUGGACUUGCACCUGAGGUCCCCCGGAUUGAUGAUCCAGUCCACUAUCUCGAUACCGGCUUUACAGCAGACCCGUCCUAUGCCAGCAAGCCCCUGCCAAACAGCGAGGAUCUAGACAUCCUUUUUCGCACAGAGAAUUAUCAGAUAUCGAAACUUUUCGGGCUGCGCACAUGGCAAGCUGCAGGGUUAUUUCGCUGGGUUAAUUUCGAUCCAGAUCGGUUUGGACCCAUGUCGGGGGGACAUUUACCGUCCGACGUAGGCGCCAAUGCCGACGCAAUCGCCCAGGUAUACGAUCGGGCCAAAAUUCGAGUCGAUGAGUCGCAAUGGUUUGGCUUUUUGCAAAAACGGAGAUGGUACGACUGGGUUGAGACUAUCCCCCCUGGGAAAGUUCAAGGUUCAAGAAUUUGGAGCGUGAAUGACCCAAAGGUAUGGAAAGAAUUAAGUAUAUGCUUUGAACUCGUAAACAGAAUGUUCAAUGCACUUAUCGAAGAUAGAAGUGAAGCUGGUAUGCUGGAUUCUGACGUAUCUGCACUUGAAACGAUCCUAUUUGGUCGAAUAGACACCUGGGGAAACGCGAUACCCCCGGAAUAUCCUCAUCAAUGCACAUACGAUGAUGCCCGGGUCCUUUUAAGCUACCGAAUGGAACAACACCUGGCGGCGGUCACCGGUAAACCUUGCCAGUACGACGACAUGCGUCAGAUGUCCAAGUCUCAAUGGAGAAAAAGGCUGGAAGAAAUUCUUGGUACACAUCUGUGGAGUUUUAUAAUGGAUACCAGAGAUGAUGCCGACGCUUGGGAUCACUGUCUCAAAGGUUCAAAUUUCACAUCCAUAACCUUAAUUAACUGUGACACGCUAGAUCAUCUAAUGAACACGCCAUUAACCAUUGCGGAACGAUGCGCGAUACAGGUCCAUCUAUCAUCCACAAUCGUGCAUGAGCUUUGCCAUGCGAUCUUUGCCGGGAGGUUUCAAAACUAUCUUCCUUUCCCCAAAUACAAAGGCAAAAAAAACGUCCUAUUGCCUCCAGAGCCGUAUUUAGACUGUCAAGGCAUAAGUGAACUCGGCCAUACUAUGGAACAGCAGUUCUUCGGUGGCACCUCAAACCUUGCCCGCCCACCUAUGACGACCGUCUGUCUGGGCUCAGUUACCUUCCGCGUACCCAACUUAAGUCUCAAAGACUAUAGGGGACUUCCUGGGGCUUGGUCGCGACCAAACGCUCCAAUUAUUGGACAUCAGAUACCGGCAUCUUGGACGUCAAAAUUGUUAGCUGAGGCCUUCUGGAGUGAUAAUAGCAUACCGCAAAAGAGUGCAUCUUUCUUCCACAGACCGUUUACAUUCACAAAUCAGACCUUCGUCUCAACGUCAGCUGUAGAGCUUGGAGAGGUAAUUGUCGACGAAGAAAAACUUGAACCCCCUUCCACCACCUCUCGUACAGAUAUGAUGAUAGUGAAGACCUGGUGGGAGAGAGAAGAGAUCUAUUAUAAUAUUCGAGGAGAAUGGUGGCAAGAUGAGCACUCCAAGUGGAAACAAUCCCCGUGGGGGUGCGAGAAAUACAUGGUCGGACUGUAUGACUUCGCUGAUGCCUUCGCCAAGAAAGACGUCAUUCGCUGUGGUCAAAUAUCCAUACUAUUGACUCAUAUCGCCAACUGGAGUGUCGACCAGGGAACAUUCCAGGAAUGCAUGCCAUCGGACAAUCGUGAUUUAAGCCCGGUGUGGGUAUUUCACUGUAUCGGGCUACUCAUGAUGGCAGCGAUUCCUAUACGAUUUGCCCCCGUGCGCAUUACGCGCAAGAAACGGGAGGAUUUUGUGUAUUCGACCUAUCCUAGCCGAGAGGCAAUGGCCGCUGGGCACGAGAAUACCAUUAAGAUACCAUUUAAUUCAAUAAAUGAGGGUGACGAUGUCCCCUCCAGUACGUUCUACAAUCAGAUUCGCGGUACAGGCGAGAAGCACGAUUUUACACAGAUGGAUUAUCUCGAAUUAGCAGUCCAGACUCUAUCUGACGUAUUGAGCUAUGCCCCUGCAUACUGGAGUUGGGCGAAUGCGCUGAUGCAAGCAUACCAUAGCCUCAAAGCAGAUCGAGAAGAAAUGCAGGAACUACUUCGUGAAGCGCACCCGUUCAGCUGGGCACCAACGUGGCCUUUCAAGAUCCCACCGUACGAUAAACGUGUUGGCCGUUUUAAAGACGAUGGAUUCCAUCGACUGACUUGGAACAGAGAUGGGGAUUUGGUAUAUAUGUAA